UCGCGGUGAAUAUCUAAUAACAUUUAAUACUAACCAGUUUAAUUUAAAAAUGUUAAUAUGUUUCUUUUUAUAAUGCAAUUAACGUGACUAAUAUAAUACACAGAAAAUAUUAGAAUUUAAGAAUAUAUUUCUUAUUGUGAAUCUCGUUUACAAUUAUCGUUACAUUGUUAAAAACAAGUCCGUGAAGUGUUUUCUAACCUCUAAAUAAUUUAGUAAUAUAUUUGUUAAUACAACUUAUAAAACUAUUAACUGUAACUAUGAAUCCAGAUAUACAGAAGAAAAUUCUACAAUUUGAAGCUUUUAUAAAUGACGUGCUGAAGACUGAUCUUGCUAAAUUAGAAGAAAAACUUAAUAGUAAAAAUACAGAUAUUGCUGAAUUUAUUCAGCUAAAGACCAUUAUUACUACCUUACAAUCCAAUGGUUUUAAUAAAAGUGGUUUUAAGACUCAAGUAGAUAUUGGAAACAAUUUUUAUGUUGAAGCUAAUGUUGAAGAUGCUUCAAAUAUUCUAUUAGAUGUUGGCUUAGGACACUAUGUUGAAUUUAGUUUAGAGGAAGCUUUAAUUAUAAUCAAUGUUAGAAUAAAACUUUUUGAAAAACAAAUAACUCAUAUUAGGAAACAAAUUGCAAGAACUAAUGCCCAUAUAAAGUUAAUUUUAAUAGGUAUCAGAGACUUACAAGGAUUAAGAUAGUAUAUGUGUUACUAAAUUGUACAAAUUAGCGAUUAUACUUUCAAUUAGGUCUUGUAAGAUAUACAUAUAUCUUAAAAAUCCUAAGUCUUUAUAAAAUGUAUUUUUAAAAAUAAAUAGAUACUUAUAU